AUGUCAGAUCUCUCCAUUCACUGCAAUUCUUGUGAUGAAAGUACUCCUUGGCAGACAUCACCCAACCUUGCCAAGAAAGGCAAAUCAUUUGAUGUCAACCGGAGAGCUGUCUACCACUCAAUAGAAACUGGAAGUGGCUACGACGGACUCUCUUCUUUCUGUGCGAUAAUGAACAUGCCUUGUUUGUCAAGAGCUGCUUACUACAAGCAAGUUGAUGUAAUUUUGGAAGCACUGGAAAGUGAAGCAAAAGAAGAACUAAAAGGUGCAGGCCAAAGGCUCCGAAAGCUAAUCAUGGAGGAAAAUGGCAUCUCAGACAGCACCACAAUAAUUGAUGCUGCUGUUAGCUUUGAUGGCACUUGGGCCAAAAGAGGUUUCACAUCACUAACAGGUGUUGUUUUCGUCAUCUCAAUUGACACAGGAGAAGUUUUAGACUAUCACGUGAUGUCUAAAUCUUGCCGUAAGUGCUCCCUAAAGAACUCACAAUGUGAAGGGAAUGUGGAAGAGUUUGAAGAAUGGAGGAGGGAGCAUGUUGCAUCUGGAGAUUGUGACAUCAACUUCGAAGGAAGUUCACCUGCUAUGGAAGCAGAAGGAGCUUCUGUUCUUUGGAAUAGAUCCAUCGAACUUCAUAACAUGAGGUACAAAUGGAUGGUGUCAGACGGGGACAGUAAGGCCUUUAACACUGUUCAACAUGCCUAUGAUGACUGUGAAGUUAUUAAACUGGAUUGUGUAGGCCAUGUGCAGAAAAGGAUGGGCAAACAUUUAAUGAAUUUGAAGGCAUGCAGUAAGGGUAAACUUGCUGAUGGAAAACCUAUAGGAGGGCGUGGCCGGCUUACAGAAGGAAAGAUCAAGCAGCUUCAAAGGUACUAUGGCCUAGCAAUCCGGCAAAACACCUUGACCAAGGCAAAUCCCUCUGAACGGGAGGUUGACAUUGCAGUUUAUGCUAUGAAAAAAUAUUAUUGCCAUUCUCCAUCACUGUGUAAAUUCAACUGA